AUGCGGUUCAUAUCAGUCUUGGUCUGUUUUCUAGCCGCCCUCCUCAACUCUCCUCUCGUCACGGCCACGAGGCUCAUUGAAUCCAACGCUCUCAACCUCUGUCAAGAUAGCACGAAUUUUACCGCUACCUAUUUCCAAGUCAAAUAUACGCCUGAUAAUAAUACGCUCACGAUCAGUUUCGAUGGAGUUGCCUCGAUUUCCGGAUAUGUCCAGGCCGAGAUCAUCCUCGAUGCCUACGGUUAUACCGCUUUAAAGAAAACGUUUAAUCCGUGUGAUAUGGACCUCCAAGGUCUUUGUCCCAUGAAUGCCGGUUCUAUUAAUGUCGAAAACAUUCCAUUGGAUCUCCCAAGUGAUGUCUCGAGCCAGAUUCCUGGCAUCGCAUACAGUGUUCCGGACUUGGAUGCCUCUGUCCGUAUUUAUAUUAACUCUACUUCAACCGGUCAAAGUAUUACCUGCUUGGAGGCUAGUCUCUCAAAUGGCAAGACUGUGUACCAGAAGGGAGUUGGUUGGGCGACCGCCAUCAUCUCUGGCCUGGGUUUGGCCGCCUCGGCUAUUACAUCGGGUCUAGGUCAUUCGAAUACAGCCGCACACGUUGCCGCUAACGCCCUUUCUCUGUUCGGUUUCAUGCAGUCGCAGGCCAUGAUCGGCAUGACCGCAGUUCAUAUGCCGCCGAUAGUGCAAUCUUGGACCCAGAAUUUCCAAUGGAGCAUGGGUAUUAUCCAUAUUGGCUUUUUGGAAGAUAUCUGCACUUGGUACCAGAGAUCGACCGGUGGUACCGCCACGACCCUUCUUUCGGAGCUCUCCACAACUUCAGUAGAAGUCCUGAAAAAGCGUUCCAUCGAUGUUGUAGCCGGCAUCGCCCGGAGAUCUACCAAUUCACUUCUCAAGAGGGAUGGUGCAGAGUCAGAGAAGGCGACCUCGGAAAAUACCGUCGUGCGUGGCAUUGAACGUGUAGGAUUUGUCGCAGGAAUCGAAAAAACCAACAUUUUCCUGACCGGUCUCAUUUUCUUCGUGGUCUUCGUGGCUUUGGUGAUGCUUUUAGUUGUUCUCUUCAAAGCAGCAUGCGAACUUCUCGCAAAGAACGGCAAAAUGAAGAGUGACAAAUUCCAAGAUUUCCGAAACGGCUGGAGGGUCGUCGCACGUGGUAUUCUGUUCCGGUUGACCCUGAUCGGUUUCCCCCAGAUGACAGUUCUUUGCCUCUGGGAGUUUACUCAAAAGGACUCGGCUGCAGAAGUUGUCCUUGCGGUGGUCAUGCUCGUCUCCAUCGUCGCGGCUUUGUGUUGGGCGUCCUUUAAGGUCAUUAGUCUCGCAAAGCGCUCGAUCGUGAUGCACAAGAACCCUGCGUAUAUUCUUUACUCCGACCCAACUUGCUUGAACAAAUGGGGGUUCUUGUAUGUUCAGUAUCGGGCAACCGCAUACUACUUCGUUAUCCCCUGGCUCGCUUAUCUCUUCAUCAAGGGCAUGUUCAUCGGGCUCAGUCAGAAGGCCCCUGUUGUGCAAACGGUUGCUUAUGUUAUCAUUGAGGCUGCCAUGUUGAUCGCGGUUAGCGUUCUGCGACCAUGGAUGGACAAGAAGACCAACAUUUACAACAUUGCCAUCGCAGCGGUGAGCUUCUUGAAUGCCAUCUUCCUUCUAUUUUUCUCCAACGUCUUCAAUCAGCCUGGCCUGGUAACAGGUGUUAUGGGCGUUGUCUUUUUCGUCAUCAACGCGGUUUUCGCACUGGUUCUCUUGAUUCUCGUCCUAAUCGCGUCUAUCUACGCCGUUGCUUCCAAGAACCCCGAUACCCGCUAUCAACCCAUGAGGGAUGACCGUGGCUCCUUUAUCAAGUCUCAAACCCAGCUGACUACCGAACUGGACGCCCUGGGUGCCACUGCCCGUGGAGAUGUCAAGACCACUGCGUAUAAAUCUAGUCCUUUUGAAGAUGACAACACUUCGUUCUCCAGUGGAAAUGGCGCGAGUGUCGGCCGCCAGAAUCUUGACCCGAACCAAGGAAACCCACCAACAGCUCACCAACCCCCUCACUCCCCGGUUGACCCAUCACUUCCACUCUUCCCCAGCGAUCACUCUGCUCCGCGAGCCCCCCCUAGUUACGAUGGCAACAUUGCCCCGUCACAGUCACCCGUUCCGCGAAGCUUCACCUCCUCGCCGUUCCAAGGCUCAUACAGAGCACAGAACAACCCCAGUCCAUGGCAACGAGGAGCGGGAUACGACCAUUAA